UCGCAUUCAGCCCCAUUGUCGCUGGCUAUGCUGCUGUUCUGUUGCAAGUAGCAGUAACUACCUAGGUACUGUACCUAACUGACGGCAGCAGCCAAAAUAGCAUUUGGCAAAUAUGGAGAGUCCCUGCAGCUUUGUCAAAUACUCCGUACGUGCAGUACAAUAGUUGGCUGCCAAGACUGCCCUAUGGAACAGGGGUGCAAAUCCUCGGUCUCGAAUGGUAGUUCUUGCUGCAACAAGGGACCGUGUUGGAAAGUCCCAUUCGAAUUUUUGUUUUUGGGCCAGAUACGGAGGUACGGAUAUUUGGGCUGUCCGUGCCCGAAACAUGCUGCCGUACUGUGGGAAUCACGAUAAGUUGCGGGUCCAAGGUAAGGUACAACACAACUGUUCCUGGAGUGCCCAGUGCCUGCAUCAGGCAAACCCUCGAUGAUAGGCCAUGGCCAGUGAUGCAAGGCGGCAGCCGCUUCCAAUAAUCCGCUUCUGUCGCCAGUACCUCCAACUGGAGUCAGACCUGGCAUAUCCAGAUGGCAUUCUAUUGAGGGACGAGCGCAGCCAGGAGUUCCUCUACGAGAAACUCUUCUCACCCAAUGCGAUAUCUCGGCCUGCACCUCCCAGAUAUCAGUUGGAGGCUCUCAAAAAUCUGGUGACCCGGAUUGAAGGAGCCAUCGAAGAUUGGGACGAACACGGAAUAUCAGACAGCCUCAUGACCGCCCUCUCGCGUCUGAUGUCACUGCCCCUUCCUUCUGAAACAACGGCAGCACUGCAGAAGAGCUACGUGACAUAUUAUCAGUCGCUGCUCCCUGACCCAGAUCCAGCAGCCUCGGACCCGACCAUCACCCUCCUGGAAUCCCGCUCGUUGAUCUCCGCCGCGGGAACGACCGGCCUGCGGACGUGGGAGGCAUCACUGCACCUCGGCCAGUACCUCUGCGUGGAUCCGGCAAUCGUCCGGGACAGACGGGUCCUGGAACUGGGUGCCGGGACGGGUUACUUAUCGAUCCUCUGCACCAAGUAUCUUGGCGCGAUACACGUUGUCGCGUCCGACGGGUCGGACGAUGUCAUCAACAACCUCCCGGACAGCUUGUUCAUCAAUGGCCUACAGGGCUCUGACAGGAUCGCACCGAUGGACUUGAAGUGGGGACACGCCCUCGUCGGCACCGAGGAGCCAGCGUGGAACGGAGGCCGCGAGAUUGAUGUCGUCCUGGGCGCCGACAUCACCUACGACAAGGCGUUGAUACCACCGCUGGUAGGGACCUUGGAGGAGCUGGCCGACUUGUUUCCCGAAGUGCAGAUACUAAUAUCAGCGACUGAGAGGAACCGAGACACCUUCAGACACUUCCUGGAUGUCUGUCAAAGAUCGGCAUUCACAGUCGAGCUCGUGGAUUUUCGCGUGCCGAGGCCCGAGGAGCAGAUCGGCCCGUUCUACGGCGGCGGGAUCCCGAUUCACAUCUGCAGACUCAGGAGACUCAGGAGACACUAUUAAUAGAUAAAAAGCAAUGGCAAAGUGACGCGGUCAAAUGCCGUUCAAACACAUUAUCUCGCCUUUUCCCGGUUCGUGACAAGCCCAUAUCGCCCCUCAAAUCUCACAGAUGCGCCGACGGAGCCCGAAGGUCAGAGGGCGGCCAACCAGGGGCGACAUCCGGGAGACCCUGGCAGCAGCAGGUGAUCAGCCCGGCCUUCUCAAGAACAAGAUGAUAUCAUAUCAUACCCGAGGCCAUGGCCUAACGUGAAAUUUGACGCAAGGGGUAAA